AUGUAUGAGCUCACUGUUCAUAUGCAAACUCCUACUGGAGAGAAACCUUAUGUAUGUUGUGAACGUGAAAAAGCUUUUAUCCAGAAGAAGGACCUCGCUGAUCGUCAGCGAAUUCAUACUGGAGAUAAACCCCAUGAAUAUGGUGAAUGUGUAAAAGCCUUUAUCUGGAUGUACGAGCUCACUGUUUAUAUGCGAACUCAUACUGGAGAGAAACCUUAUAUAUGUGCUGAAUGUGAAAAAGUUUUUAUCCAGAAGAAGGACCUCACUGAUCGUCAGCGAAUUCAUACUGGAGAGAGAGCCCAUGUGUGUGGUGAAUGUGGAAAAUCCUUUACCUGGCUUAAUGAGCUCACUGUUCGUAUGCAAACUCAUACUGGAGAGAAACCUUGUGUAUGUGCUAAAUGUGAAAAAGCUUUUAUCCAGAACAAGGAUCUCGCUGAUCGUCAGCGAAUUCAUACAGGAGAGAAACCCCAUAGAAACCCUAUGUUUAUGGUGAAUGUGGCGAAAUUUUUAUCAGGAAGCAUGAGCUCACUGUUCAUAUGCGAACACAUCCUGGGGAGAAACCUCAUGUAUGUGGUGAAUGUGGAAAAGCCUUUAUCAAGAAGAAGAAACGCACUGAUCAUCAGCGAACUCAUACUGGAGAGAAAGCCCAUGAAGAAGGACCUCGCUGAUCAUCAGCGAACUCAUACUGGGAAGAAACCCCAUGUACAUGGUGAAUGUGGAAAAGCCUUUAUGAAGAAGAGUGCGCUCACUGGUCAUCAGCGUACUCGUACUGGAGAGAAAUCCCACGUAUGCGGUGAGGACCAUAAAGCUUUCACCCAAAAGCAAUGCCUUAUAGUUCAUCACAGAUUUUACAACCGAGAUAAACCCCAUGAAUGUGGUGAAUGUGGGAAAUUCUUUAUCUGGAUGUAUGAGCUCACUGUUCAUAUGCGAACUCCUACUGGAGAGAAAUCUUAUGUAUGUUCUGAACGUGAAAAGGCUUUUAUCAAGAAGAAGGACCUCGCUGAUCGUCAGAAAAUUCAUACUGGAGAUAAACCCCAUGAAUAUGGUGAAUGUGUAAAAGUCUUUAUCUGGAUGUAUGAGCUCACUGUUCAUAUGCGAACUCAUACUGUAGAGAAACCUUAUGGAACUCAUAUUGGAGAGAAACUUCAUGUAAGUGGUGAAUGUGGAAAAUACUUUAUCAAGAAGAAGAACCUAACUGAUCAUCAGCGAACUAAUACUGGAGAUAAACCCCAUACUGCUAUCACUGUUCAUAUGCGAACUCAUACUGGAGAGAAACCUUAUGUAUGUGCUGAAUAUGAAAAAGUUUGUAUCCAGAAGAAGGAACUUGCUGAUCGCCAGCGAAUUCAUACUGGGAAGAAACCCCAUGUACAUGGUGAAUGUGGAAAAGCCUUUAUGAAAAGAGUGCUCUGA